AUGUCUGACGUCGGUCGCAAGGAUUUCACUACCAAGGCCAAGGAGGAGCUCACCCCUGACUCCACCAAGUCCACCCAGGACAAGAUCUAUGAGGCGGCCACCGAUACCACCGAUCGAAUUGCUCGUGGUUUGCAGACCGACGAGAGCAAGGGUGCUGGCCAGGAGGUCUUUGAUAAGGCCCAGCGCGCUAGCGACAACCAUGUCCACGAUGGUGCUACCGGUUCCAUCGGUGACAAGGUCAAGAACGCCCUCGGUCUCGGCAACUAG